AUGACGGAUUAUGAAGAUGAAAGUGCACGAGAACACACACUUUUGGGUGAUGUUGAUACAACAGAGAAGAGGUUUGAUCCUGAUCCCUGUGGAUACUACGCAGCUCUUGGCGUCUCACAGGAUGCCUCACAAAAAGAUAUUCGACAGGCCUUUUUACAUUUAAGUAGGACCUAUCAUGCCGAUAAACACAGUGGAGAAUCUGUAGAUACUGUACAGUUAAUGAAUGAGCGAUUUCAGAAAUUACAAGAUGCAUAUACUGUACUCUCAGACCCAAAGCAACGAGUGGCAUAUGAUGUGGGAGGAGAAUUGGGUAUAAGCCGUUUGGCUCUUAUUCCACAGUCUAUUAACCGACGUGAAGAUAUCGCACGUUACUUGGAGUUGUUAGAUCAAGAAGCGGAGGUAUUACGAGUAUCUAAAAUGCUUUCAACGAAAUCAGAGAUCUCAAUUGUAUAUUCCUUUACACAUCUUUUUCUUUCAAGGAAAGUACAUUCAACUCCUGUACAAUCAAUGGAGAAUGAAAAUGAUGUAGUGAACACUUCCCCUAAUGUAGAAACAGAUACCGUGGAAGGUGAAGAGUCCAGUGAGGUUGCCGAACCAACAGCAACAACAGCAACAGCAACAACAACAGACGGUGCAGCUCCAACGAAUACUGUUAAUGCUCAAUUCUCUGCAAAAGAAGUUAUUUUGGAUGGACGUAAACAAAUUGUACUUUUACCAUCUCCUGAAUUUCAACGUUUAUUAUAUGAAAGAAUGGGUAAAACAGCUGUUAGUGCUUCUUCUCAUGAUGGUGAUAAUAAUAAUAAUAAUAAUGAGAACCAGAUGAUGGAAUUUGAGAAAACACAAAGUAUAUUUGGUGUAUUAAGUUCAGUAAAGAAGUUGUUAACGGGUGUACAAGCCGAUAGUUUAGCUUUUAAACACUCUUUUCAUCAUGUUUUCUCACCGAAUGCUAUUGCGGAAUUUGUAACACGAGCCAAUCAUUCAAAAAAUGGAAUGAAUAUGGGUUGUAAAGGAAUUCUUCGCUAUUCCUCAGAUGAGAUCACUACAUACACUACAACGUAUGAAUUAUCAAAGGUUGGAGGAGAUUUUUUUCUGGAGCGAGAACGUGCACUUAAUCCUAUAUGGACUGUUAGUACAGGAGCACAUCUCUUUGGUAGAAAAGGUUUACUACAAAAGUACAGAUUGAGUUUACAACGAAAAUUAUCAAAUACAUGGACAUUAAAAAAUACGUUAGAUAUGUCUUUUACAGAAUAUGGUAGUUUUUCAUCCUAUAUUUGGGGUGUAACAUCAAAUAAUGUGCUGAAUCGCAUUUAUCUUCACUCUGGGAAUGGUAAUCUACAUCUUGGAGUUUCUAGAGAAAUACCUAUUGUAUUUCAAAAUGAUGAAGAACAAAAUUCAAAACCCAAUAGAGGUUUUAUUGCACCUUUUGCACAUUUAAAUCUUGUUGGAGGUUUAAAUGUUGGAUUUGAUGUAUGGUAUGGAAUUUCUAAAUAUCAUCGUAUUGGUAUUGGUUUUUCUUCUUUAUUAAGCAUUUCAGGAUAUUCUAAUUCCUCAUCUAGUCGACGUAUUGCAACUGCAGGAAUAAAUGAAUUCCGUUUAUUAUAUGCACAAGGUCAACAUAGUAUUCGUAUUCCAUUUUUGGCCUUUUACAGUUCAGGAGUUCAACAAGUGGCUAUUUGGAUUUCCGCACCAUUACUCUUAUAUCGAACGGCUCAACUUUUAUGGCGGCCUUAUCGUAAUAGACGAGUGGCGGCUCUUUACAAACAAAGACGAAUAGAACACCGAGCAGAAAUGGAUAUCGCACGAAUGCGGGCUAUAAAUGAACAGAAGGCGAUUGAAUUCAGUUCCAUGAGAAAUCACAUGGCAGAAGAAAGAGUUGGAGGACUUGUGAUUAUUAACGCAAAGUAUGGAGUGUUGAAUCCGCGCUAUCCAGAGGCACUUCAACAACAACAACAAUCGAAAAGAAAUGGAACAACUAAUAAUAAUAAUCAUAUUCAACACUUACCAUGGUGGAGACGAUGGUGGACACGGAAAGAAACUGGUACACCCAAUAUAGUUCAUAUGAAUAAUAAUAAUAGUAAUAAUAAUACAGGUUUCAUAAGAAAUGGUGAUAUUGGUGGUAAUAAUGAUGAUAAUAAUGAUGGUUUACGAAAUGAAGAAGAGAAGGAAGAUGAUAUGGAAGAGGAUACAGCUUCACUAUUGGUAUUGGAUGUAACUGUGGCACUUCAAAACUUUGUACACGACUCUCAACUUUCAUUACCAGGUGGAUCAAAGAGUCGAUUGGCUGGAUUCGCAGAUCCGGACCCAUUUACAGCAGAGAAGAAAGAAUUGAAGAUUGUUUAUUGGUUUCGCCACAAGCGUCAUGUUGUGGUUGUAAAUGAUGAUGAUCCUGUACGACUUCCACAGCGAGAACACUUGGUUGAAUCCUAA